UUCUAUUCUGCGUCAUCUUUGGCUGACGGUGCUUUGCUGUAUGUCAAGUUGCCUCUAGUGGUUUUCGGACCCAGAAAGCAUGAGUGAUGGACCUGGUUUGGGGUCGAAAUUUGUGGGGGUUGCCCAUAACGUAUGGGAGAAGGUGUGCGAUAAGGUUAAAAGGGCGGUGGUGUUCAUAGACUCGGGGUGCGCUGAGAGCUUACACUGGGUCGGCGGCAUAAGUAAAUUGCUCCAGGCCGGCGCCCUCAACGUUAAAGAAUUCAGCUCCUUCGAAGCUGGAUCCCCGGAGCAAGCCAAAGCGGUUUUCGUGGUGAGCACUGUGUUAAAGGGGCGCACAGCUGAUGUCAUCCGUGAUAUUGUCACCCUAAGCUCCUUCCAGUACUGUGUGGUGAUCACCGCAGUCAGCCACUCUGUCCACUUGCUUGCCAAUAAUGUGACUGCCGAACUCGAGCAGGAGCUGGUCUUCGAGCAAUUCGGGGAGUUAUUGUGUCAGUGGAUGGGUAAUAUGAACUAUACAGGGGAGGUCAUGCACCUGCCUAUAUUAAUCGCUCCCCUUGCUCCCCACCUGUUCAUCACUACACCCUAUUCAUCAUUUUUCUCUUUUGUGCCUCAAGACCUGAAAUUGCUCAACAACACCCGGCCCGAUAAAAAGAAAUUUGGAAGCCUGAAUGACGUCGAUUAUCAUUCUUUGCCUUUUGAACUUCAAAUUCAAAUCAAGUCAUUAGUUUCAUCCUUGAACUCUAUAUUUGAGCUGGUACAGCUCAAAGAGGAAUGUUUUGCAGUUGGCCCUACCAGUAGAUUAAUUGCAGGAGAACUUGCUAAUUAUCCACCGGCAAAACAGAGAAGAAAAAACGCUCAACAUAAAGCAUCUAUUGUCUUUAUAGAUCGAACACUUGAUCUUUCAGGUGCUGUUGCGCAUCAUGGCGAUACUCUAGUUGAGAAGAUUCUUCACAUGCUGCCCAGGUUUCCGGGGCUCACCAGUGAUGUAAAGGUUAACAUGGUGGACCUAACAGCUGUCCAAAGUAAUGAAGAAACUCAAAAUAUGAUAGCGCCAGGAUGCUUAUCUCAACCGAAUGACCCUUCAGCCAAAGCUCUAUGGGAGUCCAUGUUAAACAUGAAACAUAAAGAGGCUGUGAUGGAAGUGCGGAGGCACCUAGUGGAGGCUGCUAGCAAGGAGAAUCUCCCUAUUAAGAUGAACUUGGGUAGAGUCACACCUGAACAGCUUAAUUCGUUUGCGCAAUUAUUUAAGAACAAUGUGAAAGCUUUGGAAAAUCACUGUGGGCUCUUGCAACUUACCAUGGCAACAGUGCAGACUUUGGGACAUGCUUCCUACUCAAAAUGGGACAACUUUCUUGCUUUUGAAAGGCUGCUUUUGCAGACCUUGGAGCAUUCCGAUUUGUCAUGUGUUUUAACCCAGCUUCUGUCCUUAAUCAAGUCCCAUGAGAAAAGGGACCCCUCUGAUUUCAACCUGGAAGAAGUUCUUGUUCUGUUGGUUUUCAUCUACUCUGUGGUAGGAGAACACAAGUUGGACAGCACAACAGAUAAAGCUGAAUGCCAGGUCAAAAAAGCCUUGAGGAUGUCAUUGUGUGCUGAACCUAAUUUAUCUCAGGCACUCCAUGAAAUGACAGGUUGUUCUUCAUCAUCUGAAUUAACAUCUGACAUAGCCGCUGAUGUUGUGGAGCAAGUAUUUGAGACACUACGGGGCAUAGCAAGGGCACGGGCACACAUGAAACAGUUCAAGACUUUACACAUUCCCGGUGGCAAUACCCAUCAGGCAACAUACAAACCUUUGGUGAAGCAGAUUUUGGAGGAGAUAUUUCACCCAGACCGAACUGACACAGUGGAUAUUGAAUACAUGUCUGGUGGUUUAACUGAACUGCUCAAAACUGGAUUCAGUAUGUUCAUGAAGGUGAGCCGGCCCCAUCCCAGCGACCAUCCCUUGCUAAUCGUGUUCCUUUUGGGUGGAGUCACAAUCUCAGAAGUACGAAUGAUAAAAGACCUUGUCUCAACAUACAAACCCAACUCUCAGGUGAUUGUGCUGUCAACUCGACUACUAACACCACUUGAUGUGACUCAGCUCAUCUUUGCAAAUAACAGACUACAUCCAGAUAUUGGAGUGUAACAAAUACAGAGUUGCUAGCCAUAAAUUUUCAACUGUUCUGCAAACUCAGAAAUCCAAGACAUCUACCUGAAUAUAUGAAAAUAAAUGGAUAUGCUGCAAUUUGCCUCAAUGCCCUUUUGUGAUAAGGGAUAACAGUCAAAUAACCUGUCUGACAUUCAAAUGAGCCAUGUAAAUAAGUUUGUCAUUUUUAUCAAAGCUAUGUGACUCAGCUUUCAAAGCAGCUUUUUCCAGAAUAUAUUUUUACACUAGCUUGAAGAGUUUAGAAUUUUAUAUACACAAAGUACUACAGCUUUGAAAUAAAAACAUCAAUAUUAGAAUUAACAUACCAGGAUUUCUAGAUUACAGCUGUGCUUAGUGAAAGGAUGGCAUUCCACUCCUGAAAUCUCAAGUGGUCAAUUUCUACUUGUCUACAUGUUCAUUGUACUAACUGGGUAAGAGGCAGCGUUUGUAUUAAAUACUUUAAAAUCAUAAUUUUGCCUAAAAUGUUCAGUGACUUUAAGUAGAUACUCUGGGAUACACUUAAUAUAUUUAAUGAUUUUAGUACUAGAAACUCAACAUGAACUCUGAGCUGACUUAAAUAGCAGCCAGAAGUGACCCACUAUACAAUCAUGGACUAAUUCAAAUAGUUGAGAUUAGAUAUGCUUAAAGUGCUUGGUCACAUAAGUAUGCUUGGAACCCAGCUGACAUUACAAUUAGAAGGUGGCAAAAUAAACAGCAAGUGAACAUACUCUAAAUUGACAAUGAUUAUGUACACAAUCAUUUCUAUGAAAGAUCUUUCAUAAAACUCUAGUAUGUUUGGUUCAACUGUUUAUUUAUCAACAUGCUGGUAAGUAUGCGCUCUUUGGAAAGGAAUUCCUACUGCAGAGAUCAAAGAGCCUGGAUAUGCAUAAAGUGCACUUAGAAAGACUUUUCAAGCCUAUUGCACUUAGGGCUGUAGGAAACCCAUUCCAUUAAGACAGGCAUUGUCCAACUUGGCUUUGACAUUUGACCCAAGUUAAAACUAACUCCAAUUUGGAACACACUCUGGAAAUGCUGGAAAUGCAAAGCAACACAUACAAAUUGCUGGGAAUGAAUAAACAGUUAACAUUUCAGGUUGAGACCCUUGUUCAGGACUGGAAAGGAAGGGGAGGGCACCAGAAUAAAACUGUGGGGGGGUGGGCAAGGAGGAUAACUAGAAGGUGGUAGGUGAGGGCAGUUGGGUGGGAAAGGCAAGGGCUGAAGAGGAAGGAAUCUGAUAGAGGAGAGUGGAUCAAAGGAAAAAGGAAGAGGGGACCCAAGGGAAAAAAAUUAAUUUCUCCUCCUAGUUAAAUUCCCUCCCUCUUCCCUCUUAUUUCCCACUCUGGACUCUUAUCUCUUCUCACCUGUAUUACCCUUUCUCCAAUAGUCCACCUAUCAGAUUCCUUUCUCUAUAGUCCUUUACCUUUCCUACCCACCUGGCUUCAGCUAUCAUCUGACCCCUCUCCCCUGCCUUUUUAUCCUGGCACCUUCCCCCUUCCCUUCCAGUCCUAAAGAAGCCCACAACAUUGACUGUUUAUUCAUUUCCAUAGAUCCUCAGCUCCUUCAGCAUAUUGUGUUGCUCCAAUUUGGAAGCUGUUUUGUAUUGGGUGUGGGAUGAGAUAUCAUACUUAUAUCAACAUUUUCAUAUUCUCUCAGGAAUGGGGGGGGGGGGGGGUUGAAGAAAAAUGCAAGACUGAAGCAGAUGAUUUUGUACAGCAGCAAAUGCUACCUCAUACUGGCUAAAAUGAAGUAGAAAGAGAACAACGUUGCCUAUGUAAUAGCUUUAUUCAAACGAAGCUAGUUCAUUGAAACCACACAUAUGAAGGUUGAUCUGACUUCUGACAUAUUUGAACAGCCAUCCAAACCAGCACGUGGAAACAACUACUGGGAUGAUUAUUCCACAU